CUCAGCUUCCAAAUCCAUGCCACACCCAUCGUGUGUGUGUCCUCCCACUGCCUCACCGCAUCAGCAACAGCAACAACAACAAAAACAACAACACGAGGUCGCAGGUCCUCCUUGCCGUCUCACUGACAGACUGGUGUCCGUGAAGGCCGAGACACCAGGCCCUGAAAGGCGUCAUUUUUCCUUCACUGACCCAUUCACACGACAGAAACCCUGGAACCGAAACCAUUCGAAAACGCACACACACACACACACACACACGCCAUGUCUUCUCCGUCACUGGCCCAGCUGAGGCCGUGCUUCGUCUGGAUGGUGGUGGUGGUGGUGCUUGUGGCACAGCUGCUGAUCCUGGAAGUGGCGAGUGAGCCCCCACAAGGCUUUACAGACUAUGAAAACACAGAAUUUGGCAGUUUCGACUUCACCUGCCCUCAAAACUCCAUCCUUGUUGGUUUCUACGCCGAACCAGUUGGCGUCAACGGUGAUCGCAGAUACGCCUUCAAAUGUGACACGCAUGCCGUCGUCGAUGCUUCGGUGAUGCCCAGGCAACCAUCAAACCCUCGAGACACCGUAAACCAACUCUGUGAUGACGGCCCCAUGGUGUCGGUGACCUCCCAAUACAACGGCCCGGCGCGGGAUCGCCAAUUUUUUGUCAUGUGCGCCAUCAUCGACAGCAACAUUUACAACAUGAAGAACUGCAGGACCGAGAACAACGGCAACUUCCUGAACACAGUCGGAGGCACGGUCAGCUUUGAAGCAGCAAGCGACCGCUACAUCAUCAAGUUGGAGUCACAGUAUGAUGGCGCAACCAUGGACAGACGGUGGAAGAUCGAGACGUGUGCACUGAGCUGCAAGAAUGGAGUUGCCCUCACAGCCAGACACUGCCCUUUUGAUGCAAGUCGUAUUCAGGUGACAUACGAUCACCCACCAGAAGUGGGCACGAUGUCGACGUACACGUGCUCGGCUGAUGGUUUGCAACCGACCAUUGUGUUCCGGGGUGACGAGUACAUAGGCAGUGAUCCAUCCUUUACGCCGAGCACCCUGUUUGAGGGCGACCUGCACAUAUCGUGCUACGUGGAUGACCUGACGGGCCCCGUGCAGCGCGACUUUGAGUUUGCGGUGUGCCAGGUGUCGGAGCAGUGUGACACAGGCUUCUUCCUCAGCGGCGACUGCAGUGAAACGACACAGUCCGUCUGCAGCCCAUGCACUGACUGUGCCAUUGGGGAGCACGUGGUGCAAUCGUGCACUCCCGAGCAACCGCGCACGUGCACCGCUUGCGAAGAGGGCAAGUUCUCUGUUGACAUCAACCAGGACGGUUGCCAGGUUUGCAGAGUGUGCCCCGAUGGCCAAUAUGCAACGGGCGAGUGCAGCGUGUCAUCCAACACGCCGUGCGAAGAUCACACGACCUGUGGCCUGGGCCGCUUUAUAUGCGAUGCCGGCAACGCUUUCAAGGACAACGAGUGCUGCACUUGCACGGAUGGCAAGUUCCAAGACAACCCAAGCAUCUUUGCGGAAAAGUGCACACCUGUGAGCACGUGUCCUGCGGGAACGUACAUUGAGGUUGCUGCCACUCCUUCGUCGAAUGUCCAAUGUGGCAGUUGCAUGCCACCAUUUCAAUACUCGACCGAGGAAAACCAGGAGGAGUGCAUUGACACGCUUGUCUGCUCGUCCACGGAGGUGGAGACGGCUGCUCCGACAUCCACCACGAACCGCGAGUGCGCACGUUGCAGCUCAGGCUAUGCCGACCAUGCCAUCAGCACGACCGACUGCAUCGCGUGGACAGAGUGCCUUCCAGGGGAGUAUGAGGUUGCGCCUGCGACAUUCUCCAGCGACCGCCAGUGCAUGGGGUGCUCCGCGACAGAAUGUCUGCCUGGCAGUUUCGCUUCCACCCUCUGUGGCGGCACGCACGACAUUGAAUGCGAGGAAUGCACACCGUCAUGUGACACAUCGGAGUUCAUUGCUGCGGAGUGCACGCCAACAUCCGACAUUCUGUGCCUGAAUUGCAACGAGGCGGACUGCGACGAUGGCCAGUUUGCGACGUGUGAUGGUGUCGACGCCAUUUGCACAACUUGCGUCAGGUGUGGGUUCGGCGAACUGGAGACAGCUCCCUGCACCAUCUCCACGGACCGCGAGUGCCUCAGAUGCUCCGGAGACGUGUGCCCACCCGACAAGUACCUCACUGGCGGGGACUGUGCCAACCCAACAUGUACCAACUGCACGGUGUGUGACCCCGACACAGCGUACCAGUUUGCUGAAUGCAGGCUGGAGGGCAGUCCUGUGGCGGACACCGUGUGCCUGUCACUGUCGACGUGCACAUCUGGUGAAUCGUUUGAGCUGCUUCCGCCCACGCCCACCUCAGACCGGAAGUGCGUCGGCCUGCUGUUUUGUGACCCUGAUAGUGAGUUUGAACUCUUGCCGCCAACAGCGACGACCAAUCGCGUCUGCGUCGAGUGCAGCCAGUGCCGCGACAAUGAAUACAUCGGCACGCCCUGCACCCUGACGUCGGAUACAGAGUGCAACCUGUGCUCCGUGUGCCCCGUUGGCUUUACUGAGACCAGGACAUGCCAACACAACGUGAACACCCUCUGCGAAGAUAUCACAAAGCCUGUGAUUGUCACAGACUCUACUCCCAUCAUUGUUGAGCUUGGGACAAACUACAACGGAGAAGGCAUCCGUGCGACGGAUGCCGUGGACGGCGAGCUGCCUUUCUCAGUGGAAGGCCUUGAUGUUCGACGCACGGGGUCCCAAUCAGCCAUGGUCGUGGCGACAGAUGCAGCCGGCAACAGGGUGGAAGUGCUGGUCCCCUUCGUCAUCCAGGACACCACGCCACCAAGCAUCGCCACGAGCGUGCCAAGCCUGUACGUCGUACCCUUGUCCGAGCUCCCCGCGUUGCGAUCCGGACGGCGACAGCUCUUCUCCUUUGCGGACUUUGAUCUGCAGUCGACAAGCGUCACCCCAGCAGUGGAAACCCUCCCGCCAGGCACCCACGCUGUGUACGCCAGUGCGGCUGAUGGCAGCGGCAACACGGCGCACGCGCUGGUGACCGUUGCCAUCCCAGCGGACGACGAGAGCGCGUUUGUGUACACACAGCAGGACGUGCUUGUAAGCAAGGCGAACGUGACUGCGGGCCUUGCCACUGACGCGUUUGUGAUUGGUGUGCAGACGCUCUUGAGCGAGAUGCUGGCUGGGCAGGACGUGACCGUCGUGGUUGUGGAUGAGCCCGAGGGUGGGCUGAUCCAAGACGGCAACGGAAGCGGCGGCAAUGCGCUGUCCAACGGCGGUGCAGAUACCGAAUCGAACGGCAGUGACGAAGGCACGGGUGGUGACCAGCGCACACGCAGGGCGCAGGCAGACCUGGUCGCAGUCACCAUACUCAUGGUGUUUUGGGACAACAGCACAUUCGCCUGGCUGCCUCCUGAGGAUGUGCUGGCGCUGUUGCAGUUUGACUCAUUUUCCGUGCAAGGCGUCACGUUGUCGCUUUCACGGCUGCCGAUUCAGGCCGGUCCUGCCACAACGACUGCGCCCAACAUGACGACCACGGGUAGCUCCACGACCAACACAGCGGGCACACCGGCACCUUCGCAGUCUGGGCUGGCGUCUUCCCAGAUCACCAUCAUUGGUGCGUGUGCUGCAGCACUCGUCGUGGGUGCCGUCAUCGCUGUUGUUGUUAUCCGCAAACGCCGCAACGCCAACGACGAUGGCGCCCCCUCCAACAACAAGAAACGAAAGAAGAAGCACAGCGUACAGGCACCGGACAACACCGUGCACACGAUACAGAACCCAGUGUAUGAGCCUGAGCGAGGCAGCGCGUUGCUGACCUCUGGUUACGUGGAGCCGGAUCGGGCAGACCAGCAAGGGGUGUACGCGGAGGCGGCGUUCCCAUUUGGCGCACCAACCGGCGGUCAGCAGGGCGGGGACCGGUUUUAUGAGGCGCCCGUGACAUCGACCAAGGGCCUGCCACAGAAGCAGAGCAGCAACACAAAGGCUGUGCAACGCCAGCUGGAGUCAACCUAUGUCGAGAGUCCCUUUGGCAUGCAGGUGGAGUACGGCACGCUCAUGUCCCCGCCAAUCCUCGACAGCACCACCCACAACAACAACAACAACAACAGCAGCAGCAGCACCACAGAUGGUGAUGACGACUUGUACGAGCAGCCUGUGACAAAUUCGGAGUAUCUGGAGGUGGUUGAAGGCGACACCUUGACCGGCAGCGGCCAGCCACCCCAAGCCGAGUACGAGCAGCCAGAUGGGUUUACAGACGCCAACUAUGAAACUCUGGAAGAGUCACGCGGCAGAUCUCUCAUGGACAACAUUUUCAAGUAGUCUGCGUUUGUGUUUGUGUGUGGUUGUGGCUGUGUUUGCGCGUAUUGUGUGUGUGUAUGUGUGUGUGUGUGUGUGUCUGUCUGUCUGUACAAAGCACUUGAGACUCUGACACUGGUUGGUCGGCCGUUUUCUUGACAAUUUGUAUAUGUUGCAUGGUUCUUGUGCCUGCCACAUUGUUGUGGUGUCUCCCAUCUCUGCCCGCG